UCUAUUACAUUCAGUUGUACGUCUGUAUUUGCAGCGGAUUUUGGAGCCGUAGACGAAAGUGCAAGCCAUUGGCCAUGGGACUACCAAAAUACGUGAUGCUGAUCCUUGCUUGCUACAUUGGAUUUCAGUUAAUUGAUCGUUUUGACCCAGGAAGCAUCGAAGGAAAGAGAGUGGUAAUAACAGGUGCUAGUACCGGUAUAGGAGAACAAAUUGCUUACCAGUAUGCUAAGCUUGGUGCCAAGAUUCUUAUUACAGCACGGAGGGAGGGUGCCUUGCAAGAAGUGGUGGCCAAAUGCAAGCAGUUAGGAGCGCAAGAGGCUUUCUAUAUAUCACUGGAUAUGGGAAAACAAGAGGACACUGUGAGAUUAAUUGAUGAAGCUAAAAUCAGAUUGGGUGGUUUGGAUCACCUGAUUCUAAAUCACAUCAUCUAUAGUUAUUCCAGAUUGUGGACUGGUGACAUAGACAUGUUGAAAAGGACAAUGGAUAUAAACUUCCAUGCGUAUGUAAGUCUAGCCACACAAUCUUUACCAAUGCUAUCAGAGAGCCAUGGAAGUAUAGCUGUACUCUCUUCAUUUGCAGGGAAAGUAGGGGUACCGUUUGUGGCGUCCUACAGCGCAGCUAAGUUUGCCCUCCACGGUUUCUUCGAUGCUCUUCGUCAAGAGUUGCAGUUGCAGAACGCAAACGUGUCGAUUUCUACUUUUGUAAUAGGUUCCAUCGACACUGCCAACGGACAAGAGUUUUCUAAAGAAGUAAUGAAUAACGAUAAGUUAAUUUUCCAAACCGCUUCCUCCACUGCAUAUCGUGUAAUGACUGGGACUUCGAAUCGAGAGAGGGAGGUAUUCUACCCAUGGAUCCAUACUCGACCAGUUCUGCUACUGCGAGAUGUUGCUCCUUCGUUGAUCGAGUUUGCAUUGAAACUCUAUGUAAAAGAAGAAGUCGUCGAAAAACUACAAAAAGAACCUCCAUUUUUUGUAAAGGUGUAACAAUACUUUUUGGUUUUUUUUUUUAUGAUAGUCCAAGUCCAAUUUAUUGUGAAACAUGGAUAUACUGACAAUACAUUGUAUGUUGUUUUCUUGACAAACAGAUUAAAGACAGUGAACGUAUUUGUAAGUUUCAAAGACUAGCCUUCACAGUUGGUGUAUC